AUGCAUCGCAUUGUAAACCCAUUAUUAAAACACAUUAUUCAUCGGAGUUCCCACGACACUACAUCAAGAAAACUAUGUCUGCAAUAUUUGAAAAAUUUAAGAACUCUGCACCUUAAUGACUACAAGACUAUAUUUUUAGGUGAAACUGAUCUUUCUGAAAGUCUCAUAACAGGAGACAAGUUUCCUUAUGAAGAUAAUCUCAACUGGCCUGUAUGGACAGUUGUACAUGCUGGCAACAACCAAGGAUGGGUACCCUGGAGAUACAGAGUAUAUCUAAGGGAUGACUUACCCUUAGGGCAGCAGGACGACAUGUUUCAGGAAUUCUGUGACUUCCUCUCUAUUACUUAUGGGAAGUGUGCCAUUGUGGUCAAAGAGAAAAAACGCUUAAGGGUGAAGACUGAAGCAUCUAACCAGGAAGGGGACAUAAUCGAUUCUCAGGCCAUUUCUCAUCCCUACUUGUUGAACAUCAAACACUGCCCUGAAAUUGCCAGGGCUAUGGGCCAUGAACUUCUUUCAGUGCCUUUUGAUUACAACUACUUGCAUCCUAUGGAUGCUGUCUGGUCAUCUUUGAAAUGGUUUAUUAUCAAUAACAGAAAAGAUUUUUCUCUAACAUCCUUGGAAAGGACCUAUUCAUACCAGUGCAUCCUCUUCGGUGACCUGAUUGGGAAAGGAAUAGAGAAAACAAGCCCAACCAAAUGGAAAGUGGCUGUUAACAAAGUGCGGAGAUGGGAAAAUUACUAUUUGGAUAAGUUUUCCUGACAGCUUCCAGUCAUUUGUCAAGUGAUCUUUGGUUGAAAAUAGGCUAAUUCAUAUACUAAAUGUGUAUUUUCACUUUAUAAUUCUAGGUAAAUGGUGAUAAUAAAAAGAAUAGUUUU